AUGGAAACCUCUACCGCCUCUUUUACGAACCAGUAUCCCAGCACAGCACUACCAAUGUUUCAGAGCUGGUGUGAUGCAAAACAAAUUCAAGAGUCGACCUUCAUGAAGAGCUCGAAUGUUGUUAACGCCAUGAUCAACUUAACGUUGUCUCUAGUGACCAUCACCGGGAAUGUAUUGAUUUUGUUGUCUCUCAGGAGAAGUUCUCGACUGCACGCCACAUCAAAGGCCCUUUACUGCAGUCUUGCUAUUUCAGAUCUAGGUGUUGGUUUGGUAGUCCAGCCAGCGUUCUUUAUAAGGCUCGUGGCAGGGCCAUCGAUACCAGAGACAUGCGAGAUUCUAGGAGUCAUUAUCAAUGUCGCUGGGGUUAUAUCUGUGGGGAUAUCCUUGCAGAUAUUGUCAGCUAUCAGUGUGGAUCGUGUCCUUGCUAUUCGGCUCAAGAUGCGUUACAAAGAAGUUGCUUCUGUUUUCCGCGUGCGUCUCGUAUUAAUCACUUGUUGGUUCUUCAGUACUUUCCAUGCGUUUUCGAUCUUCUUCAGCCCGGCAUUCUUCAGCCUGUUUCAGAUCCUUGGCAUCAUUUUGUGCAUCGGUGUCUCCACUGUCUCGUACAUCAUUAUUUUCCACACUCUGCGAAAACUGCAAAGUCAAGUUCAGAACUACAGUCUCGAGGAAGAAGCAUCGCAAAAUUCCUUCAACAUAAAACGGUACAAGAAAUCCGUGUCCACUUCACUGUGGGUGUAUGCGUCCCUUCUAGCGUGUUACAUGCCAUUUAUGUUGUCCCUUAUCGCCAGGAUCGCUUGGGGAAUGAGUCCAACAUUUCUUGCAAUACAGUGGUGCACUGUUUCUAUGAUCUACAUGAACUCCGCGUUGAAUCCUAUCUUGUAUUGUUGGAAAAUCCCCGAAGUGAGGGAUUUAAUGAAGGGAAUUAUUAAAGAAUGCUGUUGCUGUCGCAAAUAA